GUAACUAAAUGGAAAUAUACUGUGUGAACUAUCCUUUUAGUUAAUGGGUAAUGAUUGGAUAACAGGAAUGUUGUUCCUGGAAGAACAAAGAAUUCAUAUCCAGGGAUAUGUAUUGAUACAUUUACCAAGCAAUGCAUCAUUGCGGAUUUUGUCAUAUAAAAGACUGAAGCUGAGUAUUGUGAUUUAGGUUUAGAAAAGAGAAGGAAUGAAGGGGUUGACAGGGUGAAGGAAGAAAGGAAGGAAGACAGAGAGGUUGGGGAGAGAGAGAGAGAGAGAGAGAGAAGGGGAAGAAGAGAAAGAGUGAAAAAGGAUGAUUGGGGCUCUGACGAGGGAGAGAGAAAGAGAGAGGGGGGUUUAAAACGUCAGCGUAUGUAGGAGCCCUGCUGCCAGUCUGCAUGUACUGAUAUGCGCGACGCUCGAGGAGUUUGCGCUCCGGUCAGGCUCGCGCACUGGGAUCCUAACCGUCACCAGCACAUAAAAGCGCGGAUAACGGAGAUGAUUCCCUUCACACAGCAACACGAAACGGAGCAAAGUGUACGCAGAUUGCAGCGAUGAAGUGCCCUGUCAGUUUCCACACACCUUUGGAUGUGACGAGCUCCAAGUAGCGGGAGUUUAUCGUGACAGACAGCAGGUGGGAUUCCACUCAGAGGAGAGCUCGCGCUUGACUUUUUGUUGGACAUGGGACCGGGUCUCGGCUGUUUUGGAUACGGUACCGGAGGAACCGCGUCUUCUUGAACGAAGAGCUGUCGACAGCAGGACAACGACGAGAUGCGCUCCGACCACAGCUUCAUCCUGCUGCUCCUCAACGGGACAGCGUGCUUGCUGGCUCUAGGACAGGAAGAUACCCACUUGUCAUCUUCUUCCUUCCCCUCAUCUACGUCAAAGUCCUCCUCCCCAGCAGAAUCCUCCAAAACUCUAGGAGUUCUGGGAUCUCAGGGUUCGAUUUCACCCCUGAGUCGCUGGGUGAUGCACAGCCGUGGCCGAGCCGCCAACACUUCCACAAUGGAGCUACCCUAUCGUUCUCCGGUGCCCUUUUCCAAACAGGAAUUUUGGGAAAUGCUGGGUAGCGACCUCCUCAAAACGGACACGGAUGCGUCGGGGAACUCCCGUGUCAAGCGCCGUCCCCCGAUCGUCAAAACAGGCAAAUUUAAAAAGAUGUUCGGCUGGGGCGACUUCUACUCUAACAUCAAGACGGUGCGCCUCAACUUGCUCAUCACGGGUAAGAUCGUGGAUCAUGGGAACGGCACCUUCAGCGUCUACUUCCGUCACAAUUCCACCGGCCAGGGGAACAUCUCAGUCAGCCUGGUACCUCCGGUGAAGGCCGUGGAGUUCGAUUUGGAGCGCCAGAGCGUGGUCUACCCUAAAGACUCAAAGAUCUUCAACUGCCGCAUAGACUACGAGAAGGUGGACCGCAGCAAACGCACCUCGCUCUGCAACUACGAUCCCUCCAAGACCUGCUUCCAGGAGCAGACACAAAGCCACGUGUCCUGGAUCUGCUCCAAACCCUUUAAGGUCAUUUGUAUCUACAUUUCAUUCUACAGCACAGACUACCGACUGGUGCAGAAGGUCUGUCCAGACUAUAACUAUCACAACGAGAUGCCCUACCUACCUUCAGGGUAGAGCUGUGGGGAGCAGUUGUCUAGAGGGACAAGGAGGGCUGGAUGGGGGAAGGAGCUAGAAUAUGAGGGUUCGGUUCUAAUACGGAUGUGAAGAUGAAUGUGAAAUGUUAAUUUGGGAUGGGGGCUUUAAAGAACACAUAGGUCUUCAGCUAAAGACUCUUCAGAAACUUAUAACUGAGAUGUUAUGGAACACCCCCUCAUGACCUGAACAUCACAGGUGGUUCAAAGGGUGAAUGUACAGUAUUUAAUGUGCUGCGGUUUAUGUCUUGAAGAACCUCUUAAGCAACCUGGCAAAUGUGACCUGCAAAAACAAAUAUAUGCAAAACCAAAUGGUCAGGCCCAGGUGCUCAGUGUGGGAGGAUCUGCUACAUCAAUUCGAGUCCCUGAUUGGCUGUGCUCAUCAGUGCCCAGUGUUACGAUCUUGUAAUUAAUACCUAUGAACAACAAAUCAUACAGAAUCAUACUGGUCACGACAGGCUGAUAAGUGUUCGCUGAUUUGGUAUACACUCUUAAAAAUAAUGGUUCUUUUUUUAGCAACUAUGGUUCUUUAACAUCAAUGGAACCAUUGCACAAAAGGUUGUUUAAAAUGGAAUGUUCUUCACGCUAAUAAAAAAUGGUUCUUUUAAGAACUGUUAAUCGAAAGGUUUUUUAGUGAACCAGAAAUGUUGGUUUCAAUGGCAAACAACCUUUUAGAAUCUUUGUUUUUUAAGAGUGUAGCUUAUUUUUCCAAAAAAUAAUAGCUUACACAACCCAACACAAGACAUUAACAUACAACAUGCCUCAUUGACACCUUUUUCCAACUCUGAAAACAGUAAAGAAUGUCAGAAAGAAAAAAAGUUAGUGCUGUAGGAAUGCAGUGUAGCAAGUAAGAAAGAGCAAAAUUACCAGAUUUAACAAAAAGAUAAAAGCCUCCCCCCUUAAUAUCAAUGAGAAAGAACGAAAGCAGGACAGAAAGCACUUUAAUUGAAAAUACAGCACCAAAAAAGAGAUGUUGAGUCUGCAUUGAGCCCAAUCGCUCUAUUGUUCUGACUGUUACAGAAGAGCAGAAAAGAGGUUUUGUUUGCUCAGGAUUCCUGACUUUGUGCUGUGAUAACUGUUCUGCUGAACGCACGAUUGCUUCGUCCUUGUCUGAACAUUCCCUCACAGUCAGCUGGUUUAUCGUUGAGGAAAAAAAAAAAACAAGUUAAUUUUGCAUAAUUUAAUCACACUGCUAAAUGGGAGAUCUUGUAGUACAUUUUGAGAAUUACCUGGCCAAGGUCUUCUCUGGAUGUAAAAUGACCACAUUAGAUGAACAAAAUUCAAGCUGACCUUCAAUGAACACACUGUUUAUUGAAAAUUAUUGUGAAGGAAAAUCAUUCAUAUAAACUUCAAGUGGAUUUAGAUAAAACAAGGGCAGACCUUUUAUGUUACUGGCCAAAUCAAGACCAAGUGAAAACAGACCAGACGAACUGAACUCAUCAGGGGGAGAAAUGAGGGAAGAGAGAGGACAGAGAGGAAGGAUGGAAGGUAAAAGAGAGCAGUGGGUGUUAUGACGUCUGCAGUGACGAGCAGGUGUACAUGACAGAGUGAAGAGGAGAAAAAGAGGAUAUGAAAGGGGAAAAAGGUGACACACAACAUGAGCAAACUAACAGGAGAUGGACCAGGAACAAACAGAAGAGGAAGGGACAGAAUGAAUGUAGAGGAGUGGAAAAGGAAAGAAUCAUGAAAAAGGACUGAAAAACAAACUCAGGAUGCUAAACAGAGUAACAUAAAAGCACAAUAUGGAACAUCAAAGUGUCGUCUCACCGAGAGAGUUGGGGGGAAGAAGCUUUUUAUGAGCCCACGAAGAAAAAAAAAAACCCUCUUUGCCUGAAGU